GUCGAUUGCAAUCGGCUUGUCUUCCAGCAACAUUCCACGUAUCCCAUCUUUGAAUUUGAGUACCUAAGAAGCACUGAUCAUCAAUUUGUUUCGCGCAUCUCGCCGACUUGUUGCGCGCAUCGAUUUUGGGCGCCGCGCUGCGCUCCAGGCGCCAAGAUGGCCCCAACGAAACCCACCGUUGAGCACACGGUCGACCGCACCCCCGAGUAUGAGAAGUUCAUCGAGGAAUUGCGCGCCUUCCACGAGAAGCGCGGCACGAAUUUCGACCCUGAGCCCAAGAUGGGCACAAUCACCGUCGACCUCCUCAAGCUCUUCAAGUACAUUGUCGACCAUGGCGGCUACGACAAAGUGUCGGAUGAGAAGUUGAUGUGGCGGAAGAUGUGUGAGGGCCUGGGCUUGAUGCGACACAAUGCGCCGGCAGAUGCGUAUACCUUGAAGCAAAUUUUCUACAAGAAUCUCGCCGCAUACGAAAUCAAGACAAUUCACAACAAGGAGCCUCCUCCGCCCGAGAUCCUCGAAUUCACCACCGCCAAAGGCGGCGGCCUUCUGACGAGGACGCUCGAAACCUUCCAGGCCAAGAACAAGCCUGAUCGCGAAGGCUCUACUGAAGACGGCACGCCGAACAGGGAGCGGCGCACCGAGGAUACUCCCACUUCUGGCCGGGCGUCUCGGGGACUGAGGGAAGCCCCGCCCCCAAGGGUCAUCUUCCAUCCUGAUACCGGCCCGUCGCGAACGUCACGGCACUCCUCAGGCCAACAAUCUGGGGCGUCCGCUUCGACGACGCACUCUCAGGCUCAGGCUCACCCGCAACACAACUCGCAGCCGCACGCCGCGCCGGUCACGAUGCAGCAGAACCACCCGCACCCCAGCCGCGGGGGUCCCUCUCACGGUUACAACGCUCCAGGGCCUGAAAUGAGCAACCCGCUGGUACAGAGCUACCAGCCCGGCCCGCCGAUUCAGGUGCCGCUGCGCACUGUGGACACUCCAGCUAGCAACCCGGAUUCGUUUGUAAAGAAACAGCGGCUUUUGCGACAGCCAGCCGGUCCAGUGCCCAAUCCCGGCACUCUAGUGCGCAACUCUGUCCCCAUGGGGACGCUUGAUGGGCCCAAUAUCUAUGAGAGGUGCCUUCUAGCUCUCCGUUCCGGGAUCAAAGAAGAACAGGCUUUCGGCCUGAAUCACCUCGUGAAGAUCUCGUACGAGCGGGGCGACAAGUACAAAUUCUCGCAGUUCAGCGGUCUCGCAGAGGGCUUGACCGAGUUCGCGCUGGGCGUCGGGAAUAUGUUUUUCGAGAUCGACUGGACCAUCUGCAACGACCCAGACGCCGACGAAGGCGACCUGGGCGAGCUCGACGGUAUCAACGGCACCGCCGACAUUCUCGAGAGGAUUGCCCAGCUGAAACCGAAGGACGUCCAUGAUAACUUCCAGCCCGCUGAGUUCACCGACCAGCUGACGUUGGUCACCGAGGCGGUCCUGACCAUCCGGAACAUGGUCAUGCUUCCUGACAAUGCGUGGUUCAUGGCCGACUACCCACCUAUCAAGGACCUACUCUGCAUUCUUCUCCACCUUCCACCGCUGGAUCUUGUCGUCGAGCUGAAGCACUGCGCCCUCGACAUCGCGGAGCAGAUCACCCCUUUCCUCGUUCUCGAUUCCGAGGAUCCGCUGUAUCAGACGUUGUUGGCGCAACUCCAAUCGUCGGACCGUGGGAUCAUCCUCACUUCCCUUCGGGCAAUCGGCCGCAUCGCCAUGAACCACCCGACCGAGACGAACAAGCUGGGCGGCGUCCCGCCCACUGUCCUGCAGUCCCUGAUGGACUGGCUCCUGCUCAAUGACGACGAGCUCGUGGAUGCCUGUCUUGAUUUCCUCUACCAGUACACGGCCGUCGUCGCCAACCUGGACGUCUUGUUGGAGGCUACCAACGUCGAGCAUCUGGUCGUACAUCUCGUCCGACUACUCUCGCAUGGGGCCAAACGCUUCCAGCGAGAGGUUGUCAUAAGCGAGGCUCGCGUGGCCUACGAAGUAUCGGCUGAGCGAGUCGUGCCGAUCCCUAGGGACCUCCAAGAGCGCCUGCUUGGUCUUGAAGAGCCCGAUCGCUGUUACGGAUGGCUUCGGUGCUUCUUCGAAGAGGACCCCGAUGCCCAGAUUACCCAGAUCGACAUCUGGCAAGCCUACAACGCGGCAUUCCUCGAACCGAUGAGGCGGAUGGGUCGCCCGAUGAUCAACGCCGCCGAGUUUAUUAGACACAUAAGCACUGUCUAUAAGAACGCCGGCGCUCAGGUCAUCCGCGAGGGACCCAACGGGGAGAUGCAGAAGUUCAUUAUGCGUGGAAUCCGCCCUCGGCCCUUCCCGAUCACGCCGGAAGGGCAAGCGUACUUCCAGUGCCAGUGGCAGCGCGCGCCCGGCCCGCAAGGCCAGCCCACCCGAUGCGGCGUUUGGAACCUGACCGCCGAGAACAUGUGGCGCCACAUCCUGGUCGACCACCUGAAAGAAAUCCCCGGCGAGGACGGCAAGUACCGCAACCGCGAGGCCGCGUUCGCUUGCCUCUGGGACGACUGCACCAAGUACCCUAAGCCGACCACCCUCCACCUCGCGCAGCUCAUGACCCACAUCAAAACCCACCUUAGGGCGGAAGAAGCCCUGCGUUCCUCCCCCGUGAUCAACCCGACCGUCGCCACCGUCGACGGCGCCGGACCCUCGCCCAGUCCCGGUUCAGGCCCGAUCACGUCUCCGGCCAGGCGCGCACCCACCUUCCCCACCACCCCCGCCUCGGCGGGCAAGGUGCGUGUGGUCCGGCCCGCCAAGACGAUCACUGUCACCGUCGAGGAGACGGCCAGCGCGCGCGACGAGCGCAACCCCGCCGCCGCGCCCCAGGCCGCCGGCAUCCCGCUCUCGGCUGUGCUGAUCCUGCGCAACAUCGCCCGCAACGUGGUCAAGACGGCCGCCGAGGAGAAGCUGGUGAAGGAGAACGCCGCUGGCGCUGAUGCUACCGCUGCUGCCGGUAGUGGUAAGGGUGAUACUGUGGAGAUGGGCGGGUGGAACGAGCGGCUGUUCAGGCCCGUUCUCCCGCGGCUGUGGGAGGUGUUCACCGAGAACAAGCUGCUCGCGCCUUACCUGACGAAUCUGUUCCAGCUCCUGGAUAGGGGCAGCGAGAAGGAGCGGUUCGAGUUUGGGGUGUGAUGGUUUUUAUUUUUUUUUCUCCGCCGGUAUGGCUGAGAGCUGCACGACCAGCGUGCAGCGGUUGGAGGAAAGGAGAGAUACGUGGUGACUUGGGCAGCGCGGGAUAACAUACAUUAGCCCCAGCGCAAGAGGUUUUUCUGCAGAUGGCUGGCGCUCUUCUUUCUACAUGGGAAAGGAAAGGGGGAUUAAAGGAACAUGGGAAGAGGGCGGGCAGCGGAAAAUCACCAAUGUGGCGCGGGGAAACUGAUGGCCGGCCUUGUUUGUGGAUGCUGGCUGGCUGAUUAUCUUUGUAGAGUAAUACCCUUCCUUUGCCUAGCGUUCCGGGGAGAUAGGGGAAGGGUUAGGUAUGGAAUGUUCUGUAUGGAAUUAACGAUCUUUGU